AUUUCUUCUUUCUGUUCAGGUGUGUGGAGAAUCAUAAUCCGCUGCAGAAUGUCCACGAUAAAUUUGCCUCUAAACCUAACCGUACGCGUUCAUCCGGUAGUGUUGUUCCAAAUUGUUGAUGCCUACGAGCGACGUAAUGCGGAUUCACAAAGGGUUAUCGGAACUUUACUUGGCUCCGUUGAUAAGGGUAUAGUUGAAGUGACCAACUGUUUCUGCGUUCCACAUAAAGAACAUGCCGAUCAAGUGGAGGCUGAAUUGGGCUAUGCCUCAGACGUGUAUGAUUUAAACCGGCGCGUCAAUCCUUCGGAGAAUAUUGUUGGAUGGUGGGCAACUGGUCAAGAGGUCACUAACCAUAGUUCCGUUAUUCAUGAGUAUUAUGCCCGCGAGUGCAAUAAUCCAAUUCAUUUGACGUUGGAUACUUCCCUAACUGGUUGUCGCAUGGGCAUCAAGGCUUAUGUGUGCGUAUCAUUGGGAGUUCCCGGAGGAAAAACAGGCUGCAUGUUUACUCCGAUCAAUGUAGAAGUAACAAGCUACGAACCGGAGGUCGUCGGUCUUAGACUUUGCUCGAAGACGAUUGGUGUUCAGUCCAACCCGGCAAGACCCCGCACGGUUUCGCCAAUGUUGGACCUGGCUCAAAUCACUGAGGCAUCCGGGGAGCUGCUUACUCUACUGGGUGAAGUUCUAAACUAUGUGGAAGAUGUCCUGGCCGAGAAGCAACAGCCUGACAACACAGUCGGGCGGGCCUUGCUGGAUCUUAUUCAUUCCGUUCCGAAUAUGACUACGGAUCAGUUCGCUCAGAUGUACAACUCAAACGUGAAGGAUUUGUUGAUGGUGGUAACUUUGUCUCAGCUCAUUAAGACCCAACUGCAAUUGAACGAGAAAUUGACCAGUCUGACGUCUUUUCUCAAUUAAGGUGUGAAGAAUAAUAGCAGCAGCAGUUACAGCACCAGAAAAGUUAAAAAUAAAAGUGACGUUGAAAGUGUACUUCUUGAGACUCGGGUUCCAAUAACAAAGAACGUUCUGUAGUUGUGCAUUAUUUGUAUUGCACUAUUGACAAGAAAAUAAAUACGGAAUUGGA